CGCAGGCAGGCAGCGCGCCCGCAAGGGCUGCCGCUUCAAGAGGUUUCCGCCCGUACUGUUCGUGCAACUGAAGCGCUUCAUGUUCGACGUGGAGCGCAUGGACAUGUGCAAGCUGAACGGGCGGCUCGAGUUCCCGACCCGCCUGGACCUCGAGGCGCUGGCGCCGGGAAGCGGGACCUACUCGCUCCACAGCGUGGUGGUGCACAGCGGCAGCGUCAGCGACGGCCACUACUACGCCUUCGCGAGACUGCGCGCGGGGGCCACUGAGCAGGAUUGCCAGUGGGUGAAGUUCAACGACGAACUGGUGACCCACUGCUCCGAGCAGGCGGCCGUGGAGGACAACUACGGCGGCGAGGACCCGCAGCUCUGGGACUACUUCCAGCUGCCCCCAGACCAGCUGGUGGGCGCCCGCGCGCCCACCGCGCCCAAGAUCCACAGCGCCUACAUGCUCUCCUACGUCCGCGAGGACCACCUGGAGGAGAUCCUCGCCGCCCCCCUGCUCGACGAGGAGGAGGGCAAGUACCGGGCCAUGGUCGAGCGGUGCGCCAGGGAGGCCCGCCAGGCCGAGGAGCGGCGCCGGGCGCGCAUCGAGAUGAUGGCUAAGGUGGAGGUGAAAUUGUUAUUGGAGCGGGACCUCUGCAAGCUGCAGGGGUUCUGGUCACACGACGAUCUGCCGUGCUUCAAGAAGUUGCAGUUGACGCGUGAAUACGCCGGCGUGGACUUGUGGAAGGAGGUGGAAAAGGUGUUGGGGAUCAACUAUGAGGAGAUCGCCCUCUUCUGCCUCCACCAGAGAAAGACGAAGCAGACGCGCUUCACGUUUCUCAACCCCAAGCACUCUCUCCACGCGGGCUGCCCCAACAAUGGUGAGCCCCCCAGCUUGGUGGUGCUCUGUGUAGUCUCGCGAGGCUACGACCCCCACACGCUCGAGUGGGCACAGCCCUCCAGUCCAGAGGUGCCCCAUUCCCUCUUUAAGUGGUCCGAUCAGCUCUGCCUGCUCAUCGUGAAAUACUUCUGCCCCACAACCGAGUGCCUCCUGACACUCGGCUGCCACUACUGCCAUGUGCAGGAUACUCUGGAGAGUAUGGUCACUGAGAACUGGCUGCAAGAUCGCCUCCGGCCGCACGUGGAGCGUGAGGAGAUUGCACCGUUGGACCCGAACGCCGAGCUGAUGUGCUGGGAGGAGUUUCGGAACGACAACCCUGAUGAUAUUCUCGCGCGGAACAUCGGCAGCACCGUCGAGAAGGAGGGCCUGUACUCCGGCGACGUCGUGGUCUGGCAGCCUGUGCCGCCGGGCAGCGAGGCCGGGGACUUGGACGCGGACGGCGACCCCAAGGUGCUCAGCGUGAAGGACCUGUGCGCCAAGGUCACGAGCCAGGCCCAGGUGGUCGUGCGCCUCCACAGCCCCGUGGCGCCCUGGUGCCCAGACGGCGUGGCGGCCGACGGCCGCUGGGGCGCCCCGGGGCGGCCGGCCGGGGACGCCCAGGAGGGCGCCGCGCACGAGGGCGGCGGCGGCGCGGAGGGGGGCGCGCCGCCGGCGGACACGGAGGUCGAGUCGCAGGAGAUGACGGUGGACAUCCGGUGGACAAUCGGCGCCUUCUGGUCGCGCGUCGCGAGCGCCUUCGGGCUGGCGGGGGCCCUGGAGGAGGGCCGGUCGCUGUGGCUCUUCGACCGGGGCAGGCCCUCCUGGGUGGCGGACUCCCCCGCCUUCAGUCCAGAGGCACUGGCCGUCGCCGGCGGUGGCCAGCCGACCGGCUACGGCGACCGCCCGCUCUCGGAGUUCUGCCCGCGGCCCCACGGCGCGGCGCGCCCGCGCUGGGUCUUCCACGCGGUGCUCCUGCCGAGGCCUCCGCCGGCUCCCGCCGUCGACCGCCACGUCCCGGGUGGCUGGAGGCCCGUGGCCCUCCACUUCUUCGACGCCGGCGUCCGCGAGGUGGGCGCGGCGAUCGUGCACGUCCCCGAGCCCGGCGUGGAGGAGGAGGAGGAGGCCGGCCCUGCGCCAGAGCGGCCAGCGCCCGCCGCGCCAGGCGACGACGACCAGGACAGCGAGAGCGGCGCGGACGUGGGCGCCGUCACGGGGCGCCCCGCGGUCGACCCCGCCGAGGUGCUGGAGCUGGCCGGGCGGCACCUGGCGGCGAACCCGGGCCUGCUGGCGCGGAUGCUGCCGGCGGGCCUGCCGCCGCCGAAGGAGGGCGGACGCCGCGGCCCCGGGCCGGCCGGCGCCCGCCGCGCGGUGGCGCGCCCGCGGCGGGAACUUCCUGGACGCCGCGCUGCGGGUG